UCUGGUUCGCAGUUACCCGUCUAUGUUCCUGGUCGGAUUUGCUAACAAGGGAAGCGACGAUUUCAUCGUUGAAACCAUCCAGGCUUCGUUCCGCUAUCAAAUGUACUUUAACUACUUUUUCCAUAACUUCUCGGCCUUAGGACAUCCGUUGGGGCUGAACAUAGCGCUGAUCUAUCGGGACGCCAGUGGCAAGCAGUUCUCGGAGGCUGUCUUUAACGAAAGCUUCUCGAUCAUCGUCGUGUUCCUGGCCGCAAUCGUGGUGCUGCUGCUCGUCCUCGGCCGCAGUUCUGCUAUUCGUAUGGCAAGCGCAAGCGAUCGUUGGUGGUGCGCAAGACCGUCGAACCGGAAACACUAACACCAAGGACGUCGACUACGAGUGGAUCCCCGCGAAGACGCUCAAGAAGGUACUAACUCCUUUAAGGGCGCAAAGUGUUCCCCAAGCAAAGCCCUAGGCAGCGAAGCGGGCUAUCGGAGCGACUAA